AAAAAACGCGUGGAGUAACGCUCGCUCUCGCUCUCCCUCUCCCUCUCUCUCCCUCUCUCGCUCGCUCCAUUUUUUUUCUCUCUCUCUCUCUCUGCACUAUCAGUCGUCGUCGUCGUCGUUAUUGUCUCCUCCUCCUCCGUCGUCGUCGUCGUCUCUUCGAGUCGCUAUUUCUGCUUCGAUCUCGUCUUCAGUCGAUCGGCGGGUCACUGAUUCAUCGGUUUCGCGCGGCGGCGCGGCGUGCAGUGUCUUGUGAAGGAAGCCUUCGGUUCGGUUCGGUUCGAUCUGUUUGCACGAGCUGGAGCCUUCCUUUUUGCUUGUAUGAGCAUCGAGUCGGCGCUGAUCGGGAAUAAUUCUAUUAUGCAAUUCAGAGUUCCGUGGCCAAAUUGUAAAUGCCAUUCCUGGCUCUAAGGACGUCUACGGGGUUUUGUGAUUGAGAUAGUUAUGGUCGAGCCAGAAUCAGAUGUCAUUAAGUGGAGUCGUGAUUUUUUUGAUAAUCCACUUGUUUAUUCGGGAUACUACACAAGUCAGCACGAUGCUAAUGGCACCUAUUAUGGACAGCAUCCGAUGAGCGACCAUGAGGAAGAGUGUAGCACUGUGGAAAAUGAUGAGAUCAUUGCACAUACCUUACAAGAAGAGUUUUCACAAUUAGCAAUGAGAGAAGUACCUGUAUAUUCACAUGCAGAGGAAGAGUACUCGAGAGCAUCUAUUGACCAACAGAAUUGGCAGACUGCAUCACCGAGAAUGUAUUGGUCAGGGAAUAUUUGUAACCACGGAGAAGCAGAUAAUGCGUGGGUUUCUGGUUCAUCUAUUAACUAUGGUGAUGGAGAAGAGUAUUGUUAUUCUCAGCAGCCAGUUGAUAGUUAUGAGUACAGCGAGAUGGACGAUCCAUUGAAUCAAAUGGUUCCUAUUCCACAUGUUCCAAGAAUCAAUGGGGAGAUACCUUCCAUGGAUGAAGCGACUUCAGAUUAUGAGAGGUUGCACCAAAGAUUGCAAUUGUAUGACUUCGUGGAGCAUAAGGUAGAAGGGGAUGGAAAUUGUCAGUUCCGUGCAUUAUCAGAUCAAUUACAUAAAACAUCUGAGCGACAUGAAUCUGUAAGGCAAGAAAUUGUAGGACAGCUCAGGAUCCUACGAGAGCUUUAUGAGGGAUAUGUUCCUAUGGACUAUGAUGAAUACUUGUGCAAGAUGUCCAACAAUGGGGAGUGGGGUGAUCAUGUCACUUUGCAGGCUGCUGCAGAUUUGUAUGCUGCAAAAAUAUUUGUGAUAACUUCAUUCAAGGAUACAUGUUACAUUGAGAUUCUUCCUAAUGGUCAGAAACCAAAGCGAGUCCUAUUCCUGAGCUUCUGGGCAGAGGUGCAUUACAACUCAAUUUACCCUCAAGAUAUGCCUGCCUCACAUCGUGGGAAGAAGAAGAGUUGGUGGUCUUAUUGGAAUUAAGGAUCAGCCAGAGUUGGCCUGCAUGAGGCACAUUCCCCAUUAAUACAGUUGAAAUUGCUUCUCAAGAGUUCCGUUUAAUUGGCAUGAAGCUUACUAACUUUCAUCUUCCUCUAUUGUAAAUUCAUAACUCCAAUGUGGUCUGUGCUGCCUUCAUUUACUCAUCGGCAUGCAUUUUUCUCAUUUUGCAUGCCGGUGGCAUUCAUAUCUAAUGUUGAAAAAAUUCAACCAAACAUGUAUAUUGUUCCGACAUUCUAGAAGAAUAAGAUAUUCAGAAAUGGGAGGUUUUUUCAGCUGUUUUUUUGUUCAAA